UGGCGAAGAAAUGGGAAAAACUUUGCAGACGUAAGGAUAGAAGCAUGAUCCCUCAGAAUGACAGGAUCUGCAGCUGUCACUUUGUAGAUGGUGAGAAGCGUAAUGGCCCCACCCUCUUCCCAUGGAGUUGUGGAAAAAUGUUCAAUUUCCCUGAUCCGAGCAAAAUAAACAGCUUGUCGAGAACCGAAAAAAAAGAGAUAAAAGAAAAAGCAGUCUCUGAAGACCAGUGUGAAUCUACUGCAAUGUCAUGUCAACCAUUACACGUUUCUCUAGAUCACACCUAUCAGGCUUCAUAUCAUCAGUUAAAAGAAGAGAAUCAGAACCUGAGGCGUGAGGUUGAAGAACUAAGAAUACAGGUCAGGAUGAUGUCAACAAAGCGAGCAUUCAGGAUUGGUGAUAUCAUAAGUGAAGAAAGGAAGGUACGUUUCAGAAGAUAAAUAGUAUAAAUAUAUCAGGUAUUAUAUAACAUGUAUAUUAUAGUAUAAAUAGUAUAUAUAAGAUAAAUAAGUUUAAUUUUGUUAUCAUUCAAUAUAGACAUUAAAUUAA